AUGAUGAUAUCUCAUAUCAUAAAGUUCUUUCUGUUCUUCUUCAUCUUCAUUUCCAUUACCUCUCUCUCAUUUGCCUUGUCUACUGACUACUCACUUUCAAGAAAUAGCAACUUGGACAAGUUUUCAUCUUCAGAUGAACAAGUCCUUGAACUCUUUCAACUAUGGAAGAAAGAACACGGGAAAGAGUAUGAAAACUCAGAAGAAAACGCAAAGAGAUUUGAGACAUUUAAAAGUAAUCUGAAGCAUAUCAAUGAAAUGAACGCUAAAAGAAAAUCACCAACUCAACAUCGUUUGAGUCUCAACAAGUUUGCUGAUAUGAGUCCUGAAGAGUUCAGUAAAACCUACUUACAAGAAACACCCUCCAAUUAUGGUGAUAGAAAGCUUCAAGACGAAGACGACGACUGUGAAAACCUUCCAGCUUCUUUAGAUUGGAGGGAAAAAGGAGCUGUGACUGAAGUUAAGGACCAAGGAAACUGUCAGAGCCAUUGGGCUUUCUCUGUGGCUGGAACCAUUGAAGGAUUAAACAAAAUAGUGACUGGAAAUCUUAUCAACCUAUCCGCACAAGAACUUGUGGACUGUGACCCAGCUAGCCACGGUUGUGCUGGUGGUUACUACUUUAAUGCAUUUGGUUGGGUUAUUAACAAUGGUGGAAUUGACACAGAAGCUAAUUAUCCUUAUACAGCUAAAAAUGGUACCUGCAAGGAAAAUGCAAACAAGGCUGUUAGUAUUGACAACCUUCUAGUUUUGGAUGGAUCAGAAGAAGCUUUGUUGUGUCGCACUAGUAAACAACCUGUAAUUGUGAGCCUAGAUGCAACUGGUCUUCAAUUCUAUGCUGGGGGAGUAUAUGGAGGUGAGAACUGCAAAAAAAAUUCAAGGAAUGCAACUCUUGUGGGUAUAAUAGUGGGCUAUAAUUCUGUGAAUGGUGAAGAUUAUUGGAUUGUGAAGAACUCGUGGGGAAAAGAUUGGGGAGAGAAAGGUUACUUGUUUAUCAAAAGGAAUGUUAUUAAGGAGUGGCCUUAUGGAGUAUGUGCAAUCAAUGCUGCUGUUGGUUAUCCCAUCAAAGAAGUUUUAUCUUCAGCCAUGUAG